GAUCGAUCGGUGUAUGCCGCUGCCCCGCAGCGCGGCGUGGGUGAUAACGGAACCUAUACCAUCCCUUGAAUUCCUGCACCCUUGAUUGACAAUCCUGAACGGCCGAAGACACAACCUAUCCUGCUAGCCAAGUGUUCAGCCGACUCUGUGUUAUAAUGUCCACCGAAGCCAAUGUUCGCAAUUUCUUUGCGUCCUCAGCCUCCGCGGCUGUGGGUGCUAGCUCAAACCCCGCCAAUUUCGGCCACCGAGUCUAUGCGUGGUAUCUCUAUCUCUAUCAUGACUUGCCAGUCACUCCCAGUAAUCCGGGGUCGGCAACUAUUUCUGCUCUGGAAAAGGACCAUCCCACUGUCCCCAGCGUCGCGGCGCUUCCCAACCCCAACCAGACGUCCAUCACAGUCAUCACUCCCCUCGGUAACCCUCAAGGUGCUCCAGGAGGCAAAGGAGCUAAGGAUCCCAUCCGCGUGGCUGCAGCCUGGUAGCUUUGACGAUGACGUCCUCAAGUUUGCCAAUGAGCAAGGCGGAUUCAAUGCAGUCGUGGCUGGCGAUGCCGGCCGGGUCUCCAAGGGUGGUGCAUUUUAGUGUAUAGUAAGCGAAGGCUGAAAGCAGCUGGGAAGCUGUAAGAGGUCAAUUGGAGGGCAGAGAAUCAUGACCGAAGAACACGUAGUUUGAUGGUCAUAUCAUAUCUUACGAGCAGCCUGAGUUUUGGUACGCUCCCGCCCUCUCAGCUUAUGAGUUACCCGGUGGGCCGAGAAGCUGUUAGAUACGCAUGAAUAUAACGGGGUGAGUGUAUCCCAGUGUGGACCAGAAUGUGAUGAUGUUAUUGCUUGCCGACUUGAUUCUUUGGGUCAGUCUGUCCAUGAGG